AUGUCGUCCACCGCCGUUCCCAAGCGGGUUGCCCUGCACCGCAGCCCCGGCACCGAUUCCUCGGUGCCCAGCUCCGUCUCGGUCUCGCCGCUGGACAGCCCGCGCCAGUCGCCCUCGUCCACCUCCUUGUCCUCCAUGGCCUCGGAUGCCGAGAACAACGGCAAGAUGCUGGACACCUAUGGCAAUGAAUUCAAGAUCCCCGACUUCACCAUCAAGCAGAUCCGGGACGCCAUUCCCGCCCACUGCUUCAAGCGUUCCGCCGCCACCAGCUUGUACUAUGUCUUCCGCGACAUCGCCAUUCUGGCCACCGUCUUCUUGGUCUUCCACAACUAUGUCACCCCCGAGACCAUUCCCUCGUACCCUCUUCGGGUCGCCCUCUGGGGCCUGUACACCGUCGUCCAGGGUCUGGUCGGCACCGGCGUGUGGGUCUUGGCCCAUGAGUGCGGUCACCAGGCCUUCUCUCCCUCCAAGGUCCUGAACGAUACCGUCGGCUGGAUCUGCCACUCCGCCCUCCUGGUGCCCUACUUCUCCUGGAAGAUCUCCCACGGCAAGCACCACAAGGCCACCGGUAACAUUGCCCGUGACAUGGUCUUCGUCCCCAAGACUCGUGACGAGUUUGCGACUCGCGUGGGCAAGGCCGUCCAUGAGCUGAACGAGCUCAUGGAGGAGACUCCCAUUGCCACCGCCACCAACCUCCUUCUCCAGCAGCUCUUCGGAUGGCCCAUGUACCUGCUGACCAAUGUCACCGGCCACAACAACCACGAGCGUCAGCCCGAGGGCCGUGGUAAGGGCAAGCGCAACGGAUACUUUGGCGGUGUCAACCACUUCAACCCCUCCAGCCCUCUGUACGAGGCCAAGGAUGCCAAGCUGAUUCUUCUGAGUGACCUGGGUCUGGCCAUCACCCUCAGCGUCCUCUACUUUGUUGGAUCCACCUAUGGCUGGCUCAACCUGCUGGUGUGGUACGGUAUCCCCUACCUCUGGGUGAACCACUGGCUGGUGGCCAUCACUUACCUUCAGCACACCGACCCCUCUCUUCCCCACUACAAGCCGGAGGCUUGGAACUUCGCCCGUGGUGCCGCUGCCACCAUCGACCGUGACUUUGGCUUCGUCGGACGUCACAUCUUCCACGGCAUCAUCGAGACCCACGUCCUCCACCACUACGUCAGCACCAUCCCCUUCUAUAACGCGGACGAGGCCAGCGAGGCCAUCCAGAAGGUGAUGGGCCCGCACUACCGCACCGAAGCCCACACUGGCUGGACCGGUUUCUUCAAGGCGCUCUGGACCAGCGCCCGCGUGUGCCAGUGGGUCGAGCCGAGCGAAGGCACCAAGGGUGAGAACCAGAGCGUGCUGUUCUACCGGAAUACGAACGGCAUCGGCGUUCCUCCCGUCAAGCUUGCGAAAUAG